AUGACGUCCAUUGGGCUCUACUCGAUAGGAGAGACGAUUGGCAAAGGAUCCUAUGGUAAAGUUAAAUUAGGGACGCACAAACUGACAGGAAAACAAGUAGCCAUCAAAGAGAUCAGCAAAGAACAUGCACCCAUGGUUGCUCGAGAGAUUCAUCUCCAUCGUCAGCUUAAACACCCCAAUAUUGUCAUGCUAUACGAAGUCAUCAUCACCGAAUCUUCCAUCCAUGUCAUAUCCGAAUACUGUCCUCACGGGGAACUGUUUGACGCACUGACCGAGCGUGGCUACUGCUAUUCUGAGCGAGAUGCUGUCAGAUGGUUCGUCCAAUUGGUCGAUGCGCUCAAGUAUUGCCACUCGCAAGACAUUGUUCAUAGAGAUCUGAAGCUGGAGAACAUCCUGCUCGAUGACAAUGACAAUGCAAAGCUAUGCGACUUUGGAUUUGCCCGACAUGCUGAAAGCAGACAAAUGCUCCAAACGUUUUGCGGCAGUUUAGCAUAUUCGGCGCCAGAGGUGAUCCUGCGCCAGAAAUACACUGGACCUGAAACCGACAUUUGGUCGUUAGGAGUCAUUUUGUACACCCUGUUGGCAGGCGGAUUGCCGUUUGAUGAUGAUUCAGAGGUGGUUACACAACGAAAAAUUGUCAAGGGAGACUAUGAUAUUCCAUCACACUUUUCGCCAGAGGUUUCCGAUCUGAUCACGCGGAUGCUCAAGUUGAAUCCCUCCGAACGUGUAACAAUAGACCAAAUUGCCGGACACCCAUGGAUA